CGUCUUCCCAAGUCUCUGUUCGCUUCUACUAUAUAAAUGCUACUCUCGCUCCCACUUCUCUUGGUAUUUUCAAUUUAGAGAGUCAUUCAAAGCCGACCGGUGUCUGGUGUCACUAUCAAUUUUGUUUUUGCUGUUUAUCCCCUUUUGGAUUUUCUUCUUGACACUAUUAGUUUUCUUAUUGUUUAACGGCAAUGUCUGGACGUGUCGGUGGUGGCCGCGGCGGUGGUGGACGUGGCCGGGGACGGGAAUCUGGUCGCGGUCAACCGUCGCAGUCUUUCCCUCGUGGUGGCAGCGGUGACAGAGGAAGAGGUCGUGCCUCUGGUAGAAGACGUGGAUCCUCUGGUCCUCCUCUUGAGGUGGCUCCAACUCAACCACCUCCUCCAACUACGCCGGCAACCUCUACUUCUCGGGCGCAUCAUCCUUCGUCGAGUUCUGGUGCGGAAUCACUGAGCAGGGAGGUCACCGAGAAGCUUACAUUGGAGCCGCGGGGUGCGACGACGACGCCUCCUCUUCCUCCUUCGUCCUCAAAGGCGAUUAGGUUCCCGCCCAGGCCAGGUCUGGGUACGGUCGGUAGAAAAUGCAGGGUUAGAGCCAAUCAUUUCUUCGUUGAUGUUGCUUAUCAUGAUCUUCAUCACUACGAUGUUUCCAUAACUCCUGAGGUACCCUCAAAGAAGUUGAACAGAGCUAUAAUGAAACAACUUACUGAGUCGUACAAGGAGUCACAUCUUGGUCGUCGGUGUCCAGCCUAUGAUGGCCGGAAGAGCUUGUACACAGCAGGUGCCCUGCCAUUUGACUCAAAGGAGUUUGUUGUCAAGGUAAACGACGAAGAUGGCUCUCGUGGUUCAUCUAGUUCUGCAAGGAAGGAACGGUCAUUUAAGGUGGCUAUCAAGUUGGCAUCCAAGCCUGAUCUUCAUUAUCUGCAGGAGUUCUUGCGUGGAAGACAUUUUGAAUGUCCUCAAGAAACUAUUCAAGUGCUGGAUAUUGUUCUUAGGGCUAAACCAUCUGAGAAUUAUACUGUGGUGGGAAGGUCAUUUUUCAGUACACAACUAGGUCGUAAAGGAGAACUUGGUAAUGGAGUAGAGUACUGGAUGGGUUAUUAUCAGAGUCUUCGGCCCACACAGAUGGGUUUAUCUCUUAAUAUUGAUGUCUCUGCUCGAUCAUUCUAUGAGCCAAUUUUAGUUACGGAGUUUGUUACCAAACAUUUCAAGAAUCCAAACCUGUCAAGGCCUCUGUCUGAUCAAGAUCGUAUUAAAGUGAAAAAGGCCUUGAAAGGAGUAAGGGUUCGUCUUAACCACAUGGAUUAUGCAAAAACUUGCAAGAUCGCAGGCAUAUCUAGAGAGCCAAUAAGCCAGUUAACGUUUACUCUUGAUGACAAAAAUGUGUCUGUGGUUCAGUAUUUCCGUGAUAAAUACAACAUUGGGCUUAAAUAUGCAUCUUUGCCUGCCCUUCAAUGUGGAAGUGAAUCAAAACCUGUCUACUUGCCAAUGGAGCUGUGCAGGAUUGUUGAGGGACAGAGAUAUACAAAAAAGCUAAAUGAGCAACAAGUAAAGGCACUAUUGAAAGCAACCUGUCAACGUCCACGUGAUAGGGAGGAGAAUAUUAACAAGAUGGUGAGGGUUAAUAAUUUCCAGGGAGAUGAUCUUGUAGAUAAAGAAUUUGGAAUUCAAGUUCGAAGAGAACAUACAUUGGUUGAUGCCCGAGUUUUACCUCCUCCUAUGCUUAAGUAUCAUGAAAGUGGACAAGAACGAAGUGUCAAACCUGGGUUUGGUGCAUGGAACAUGAUCAACAAGAAAAUGGUCAAUGGUGGGAAAGUGGAUUUUUGGACUUGCGUGAACUUCUCCUUAGAAUAUGCUAAUAUGUCAGAAGACUUUUGUUAUGAGCUCGUGAAAAUGUGCAACAGCAAAGGAAUGGUAUUCUGCCAAACUGCUUCUAUUCGUAUUCGUUCAGCUCGUCCUAAUAGAAUUGAUCAAGCUCUCUUGGAAAUUUACAAGGAGUCUACAGGCAUGAAGAGGCCACUUCAGUUGUUGAUAAUUAUCUUACCUGAUCAGACUGGUUCUUAUGGGAAAAUUAAACGAAUAUGCGAAACGGAGCUUGGUAUUGUUUCCCAAUGUUGCCAGCCCAAGCAAGCUGCAAGGUUUAGCAAUCAAUAUUUUGAAAAUGUUGCUCUGAAGAUCAAUGUGAAGGUUGGGGGACGAAAUACGGUGCUGAUUGAUGCCAUUCAAAAAAAAAUUCCACGUGUGUCUGAUCACCCUACAAUUAUUUUUGGUGCGGAUGUCACUCAUCCACCGCCUGGGGAAGAUUCUAGUUCUUCAAUAGCUGCAGUAGUUGCUUCAAUGGAUUGGCCAGAGGUAACCAAGUAUCGCGGAAUUGUCUCUGCACAGCCUCAUCGGGAGGAAAUAAUACAGGAUCUUUAUAGAACAGUUCCAGAUCCACAAAAGGGUGUAGUUCAUGGUGGAAUGAUAAGAGAAUUGCUUGUGGCUUUUUUUAGGUCAACUGGACAAAAACCUUACAGGAUUAUUUUCUACAGAGAUGGUGUUAGUGAAGGCCAAUUUAAUCAAGUUUUGCUCUAUGAAAUGGAUGCAAUUCGAAAGGCUUGUGCCUCACUAGAGGAUGGAUAUAUGCCACCAGUUACAUUUGUUGUAGUGCAGAAGAGGCAUCAUACUCGCUUAUUUCCUACUGAACGUGACCAAAUGGACAGGAGUGGCAAUAUUUUACCAGGUACUGUUGUUGAUACUAGCAUUUGCCACCCCACUGAAUUCGAUUUUUAUCUCAAUAGCCAUGCCGGAAUCCAGGGAACAAGCAAGCCCACACAUUACCAUGUGUUGUAUGAUGAAAACAAUUUCACCGCGGACAUCUUGCAAGUGCUUACAAACAAUUUAUGUUACACGUAUGCAAGGUGUACUCGGUCAGUUUCCAUAGUGCCUCCGGCAUAUUAUGCCCAUUUAGCAGCUUUUCGGGCACGCUAUUAUGUGGAGGAUGAGACUUCGGACAGUGGCUCUACAAGUGGGGGACGACAAGCAAGGGACAGAAAUCUUGAGUUUCGGCCCCUCCCCUCCAUCAAAGACAAUGUGAAGGAAGUAAUGUUUUACUGCUGAAUAGACGUGGCUGUCUCUGUUCUUCCUGUUUGGGGUUUCUUUCAUCAAUAUAUGCUUCCUUAGUUAAUGGGGGGUGCUUAUUUAGGGUUAGCUUAAAGCCCUUAAAUCCCAUACUCUUUUGCCUUUGGGUUAUUGUUUUAUUGUCAAUAGCUUUUUGAACAAUUUGAUAUCCUUACAAGUCUGGGAAUGCCCUUCCUGACUUUUUUUUUUUUUUUUGGGUGGUUGAGGGCAUGGUUGGAUUUUGUGUACAUGUCACAGGCAUAGGGUUUUAAAGCUGGACACUUUUGAAUCGUUUUGAUCUAUUGGCAGAGGGCCAUCUAUGGUUUGUACACGGUAAAACUAUUAUCUCAAAACAUGUUUAAUGAAAAAAAUAUCUUUUGAAGUUGGAUUUCAUUUUUUGGCCUUUGACAAGCAAAUUGUAUUUUUAGCUAUUUGCUGGCUGAAGGGGCUAACAAAACAAAAAUAUUUUGAAAUAUAUAUUAUUUUUAUCUGAAAUAAGUUCAGGAAUAUCUUUGCAUCUGUCAAUUUAAAACAUG